AUGGAACCUUUCUGCGGAAGGAAAAAGUUAGAGAAAUUUAGAAGAGGACUUGGGUUUGAUUUUGCAUAUGCUAAUUGCAACAAUAAAAUCUGGUUCUUUGGUGAUAGCUCUAUCAAUUGUAUUGUUAUUGAAGACCUUCCUCAACUUAUCAAUUGCUCAAUUGAUAAUAAUGGGGAGACUUUAUACAUGACUUUAGUGUAUGCUAAAUGCAAAGCUCAUCUCAGGGAGCCUCUAUGGGAUAGCAUCAAAUCUUUUUCUAAUGGAGUUAGCUCUCCAUGGAUGGUGAUUGGGGAUUUUAACGCUAUUACUGAUCCUCAGGAGAAAAAAAGGGGGAAAAUUCACAAUAUGUCUAAGAGCUUGCCCUUCAUCAACUGCAUUGUGGAUAGUGGCCUUUUGGAUCUUGGUUACACUGGAAGUCCUUUUACCUGGUGUAAUGGCUGGGCACCUACUAAGAGGAUAUGGGCAAGACUGGAUAGAGCUCUUGUUAACUCGGAAUGGUUACAGAAUUUUGCAGAUAUCUCUAUCACACACUUGGUCAGAACUGGCUCUGAUCAUGCUCCUUUGCUUGUCUCCACUUCUAAUCCACAAUUGGAGCCUAAAAAGUAUUUCAGAUUCUUAGAUCUUUGGACUGAACAAGAGGGUUUAUGCAAGUAG